AUGUCGCGAUUCGAUACCAUGGCAGCACUUUUGCAUGGAGACGAGAAACAAGCGCCUCCAGAUGAGAGCACUAUGGUUACAGAGAUUGUUGACAUGCACGCUGUGACAAGGGCUCAGGACAGCAUAUUGGAUACAGUCAAUGCAAAGUAUACCAAAGAUGAAUACAAGUGUGUCCUCAAAAAGAUUGAUCGCAUUCUUUUGCCGCUCAUGUGGCUAUGCUACGGCACCCAACAGGCAGAUAAAACGGCCGUCUCUACGCAAGCAACGUUUGGAAUGAUCAAUGACAUGGGACUGGCCGGUCAGCAAUUAUCGUGGUUGACGACUGCGUUCUAUAUUGCCUAUUUCGUCGGCGAAACUCCCGGGAACUACUUGAUGCAGCGAUUCAGCGUGAACAAGACACUAUUUAUCUGCAUGUUUUGCUGGAGCGUCGUUGUCCUCUGCAUCGCAUUUGUACAGGAUUUUGCCCAAGUUGCAGCUCUGCGGUCGUUGCAAGGCCUUUCGAAUGCACAAUUUCCCCUGCUUUUCUUCUCAUCACGGCAUCCUUCUACGUCAGUCAAGAGCAUACCAUGCGAUCCAUCAUUUGGUCAACGGCGAACAGUGGUUUUGACAUUAUAG